AUGUCUGAUUGGGAUACUGUCACGAUUCUCCGAAAAAGACCACCAAAGGCGUCAGCACUAAAAACUGAACAAGCUGUAAAUGCCGCACGUCGUCAAGGUUUACCAGUUGAUACAACACAAAAAUAUGGUGCAGGAACUAACAAACAGCAUGUUAUAACGAAAAAUACUGCAAAGCUCGACAGAGAAACUGAAGAAUUACGCCACGAAAAAAUUCCUCUGGACUUGGGAAAACUCAUAAUGCAAGGAAGGCAAGCUAAAGGUAUGAGUCAAAAAGAUUUGGCAACUAAAAUAUGCGAAAAACCACAAAUUGUAAAUGAUUACGAAGCCGGUCGUGGAAUUCCAAAUAACAUUGUACUUGGCAAAAUAGAACGAGCAAUUGGUAUAAAACUAAGGGGAAAAGAGCGUGGCCAACCAUUACAGCCUCCUGGAGGAAAGAAAUAA